CAGGCAGCAGUGAGACGGCAGGAUGUGUGUGUUCAGGUGUGUGUGUGUGCUGCUGUGUGUGAAUCUGAGUGUGAGUCUGAACCUGCUGGAUAAAGUCAUGUUCAGAGGACCGACAGGAAGUCUGUUUGGAUUCUCCGCUGACUUUCAGACCAUCAAUAACACGUCCUAUGUUGUCAUUGGAGCUCCCAAAGCCAACACCAGCCAAUCAGGAGUGACUGAGGGAGGGGGUGUGUUCCUCUGCUCCUGGUCAUCUGGAGGUGGGAACUGUAACAUAACUGACUUUGAUCUGACAGGUGAUGAGGUCCACCGCAGUUCAGAUCUGAUGUUUCUCAGCUUAAAGAGCCAGCAGUGGUUCGGCGCAGCGGUGCGAUCGGUCGGCAGCACACAUCUGCUGGCAUGUGCGCCGCUCUUCCACUGGAAUGUUCAGAGGGGAGGGGCGGAGUCAGGGAUAACACCUGUGGGGAACUGUCUCAUAUUGGAACACAAGACAAGAAACUCCACCCCCUUCUCCCCCUGCAGAGGGCUCAUGAUGGAGGAAGACUACAAACGCAUGCACAACAGAAAUGACCAGCGAUAUUGUGAGGUUGGCUUCACCGCUGAUGUCACCAAGGACGGUCGGCUAGUGCUUGGAGCUCCCGGAAGCUUCUUCUUUCAGGGUCAGGUGAUCACUGUUGGUGUUGAUGACAUCAUCAACAGUGGGAAGAGCGAUGAUCCUAUAACAUAUGUGGCGGGCAUAAGCCAAUCAGAUGAGAGGGGAGGCUAUGAUGUUUACCACGGUUACUCAGUGGCCAGUGGCCUGCUGACUGGAGACUCCACACCAGAUUAUCUCGUCGGUGUUCCAAAUGACAGAAACACAGCAGGAACAGUGAAGAUAUAUGAUGGAAGAAGCACUGGAUCUCUCAGAGUUCACCACACCUUUCUGGGAGCUCAGGUGGCGUCAUAUUUUGGACACAGUGUAGCUGUGGCCGACGUCAACAGUGAUGGUCUGGAUGAUGUGCUGAUUGGAGCUCCGCUUUUCAUGGACAGAGUGAAGGAGCAGCUACAGGAGAGAGGACAGGUGGUUUUGUACCUGCAGAAAAAGACCUUUUCCUUGCAGCCAGACCAAUCACUGAUUGGCCUCUCCUUGUACGGGCGUUUUGGCUCUGCCCUCGCUGCACUGGGUGACCUGGAUAUGGAUGGUUAUCAAGAUGUGGCUGUUGGUGCCCCCUGGUCAGGGGAAAGUGGGCAGGGCCAGGUGUUCAUCUAUCUGGGAAACAGUAAUGGACUGUCAGGCACACCCUCCCAGGUGAUUAGCAGCCCGCUGCCUAGCAGGACAGCGUUUGGCUUUACUCUGAGGUCCGGUGCAGACAUUGAUGGGAAUGGAUACCCGGACCUGCUGGUUGGAGCAUGGGCUGCGGACCGAGCAUUUGUCUACAGGUCUUGGACAGUGAUCCGGUCCAGAGUCUAUGUGUCUCUGCUGCCAGACUUCCUUAAUCCAGAUGUCAAACUCUGCCAUCGAGAAAAGCAAUCCGUGUCCUGUUUCGUCAUUCAGAUGUGUGUCCACCUAUCAGGUCACAGAAUUCCAGAGGAAACAGCUCUGGAGGUGGAACUAAAGCUGGAUAAGAUGAAGCAGCCAAUGGCCCGACGGACCCUUCUGCUCUUGGCCAAUCAGCCACAAGAGACGAUGGAGAUAACAAUUAAAAGGAAAGUGGGUGUGGCCUGUGUGAAUCGCACAGCAUACCUGAGAUCUGAAGAAGAAGUUCGGGAUAAGUUGAGUCCAAUCUUCAUCACUGCUGACUUCAGCCUCCUCAACACCACCCAGCACGCUCUCUUACAUGGACAGACACACACUGCAACACAGACCAGGAUCAUCCUGGAUUGCGGGGCCGAUAACGUCUGUGUUCCUGAGCUGAAGCUGAGCGCUGAACCUGCAUCGGACACUGUGCUUGUUGGUGGUGAUCAGUCAGUGUUGCUGUUGGUGUCGGCCGUGAACAGCGGUGAGGGAGCAUACGAGACAGAGCUCGUGGUCCAAAUCCCUGAACACACACACUUCCAGAGCAGUCAGGGCAUUAACAGGCUGGUGUGCAUGCAGAGGAAGGAGAACCAGACUGUGGUUGUUACCUGCGACCUCGGGAACCCCAUGAGGCAAGGACACAAGCUGCAGACUGGUCUCCUGUUCAGCGUCGGUUACCUGGAGGAGGUGGAGAAUCACAUCACCUUUAACCUCAGAAUACGCAGUAAGAACUCGGUGAACUCGAGCAGUAACGAGGUGACGGUGGCAGUUCAGGUGGAGGCCGAGGUGACGCUGCAGAUUAGAGGAGGCUCUUCCCCUCAAGACAUUGUGCUGCCCCUCCCUGACUGGCAGCCUGCAGUGCACCCUGGGAGUUUAGAGGAAGUGGGUCCACUGGUGGAACAUGUCUACGAGCUGAGGAAUCAGGGCCCGAGUGCGGUCAAUGCUCGGCUGACGGUGGACUUCCCCUCCACCUGGCGACAUCACUUCCUGCUCUAUAUCUUGUCCAAAGCGUCUGAAGAAUCUUUAAGCUGCUGGACCCUGAACACAUCGCAAAUUGACCCUUUCAAGCUGGCUGGAAACUCCUCGGGUGUGUCUGCAGUUUCUCCAUCAGUCCAGCAGGAGGAGCCAAACUCACACAGACAGACUGUUCAUGUGAACUGCAGCAGUAGCGACGCAGGCUGCGUCAGGUUUGUGUGUGAUGUCACAGACUUGGGGCGGGGCUUCAGUGCAGUUAUCCGAAUCUCAGCCCGACUGUGGACAAAUACACUUAUAGAGACUCCUUAUCAGAACUAUGAGCUCGUUUCCUUUGCAUCUUAUGAUGUCAUCAACACAUCAUCAAAGGUCCAACCGCUACUGCUGGACAGUGGACACACACAGACUCAGCUCAGAGUAUUGUGGCGUCCUCCAGACGGUGAGAAAGGUGUUCCCAUUGGCUACAUCAUUCUGUCAGUCAUCUGUGGGCUCCUCCUCCUCUGCAUUCUCUGUUUCAUCUUCUGGAAGCUUGGUUUCUUCAGGCGAACUCGUCUCCCCAAAGAUGAAGACGAUGAUGAGGAUGAGCAGCGUUUGUCUGAAGGUCACAUGACUGAAUAACACCGAGUGUCAUAUGAUCACUGAUGAAGCGGGAGGUGCUCUGAUUAUUGAUCGACACCUUAAUAAAUGUCUGCACUGCAACAUGUUUAUCAAUAAAGUUCACUUUC